CGGCGAAGAAACUCACGUCUUUCGGAGAUGCCCAUGCGUGCAGAGAAGGGAGAGCAGCGCUGCAGGGUACGCUCUGCGGUGCGAGAGAGGCCAGCCGGUGCUCAGCGGUCACGUGUCUGCGUCAGGAGCCUCUCCCGUCUGCGCCGCCGUACCGAGUCCCGCCUGAGUAUGGAUGCACCAUCAGCGGUGGCAUUCUGAUUGCAAGCCGGCGGCUCAGGCCUCGUUGCCGGCACGGGCACCUUGGUGCUCGCUCCCUGCGCAGGACGGCUGAGCUGACGUCUCCCAGCCCAGGAAGAGGCGUGGACCGCGGGUGCGCGUGAGCCUCCACUUCGCCGGCGAGCGGCCAAACGGACGGUACCGCUGUCGAGCAGGCGAUCCUCCACCAUCCGAGAUCCUCAUAAGCAGCAGUCGGUGCGCAUUCGGCGUCGCUCUGCAACAUUUACACCAGCAAACAUGUCCGCCGCACCGAAGACAAUCCACCAGCUGCGCGAGAAGAAGGUCGUCGUGCUUGGCGGCACGUCGGGCAUCGGCUUCGCUGUCGCAUCAGCGCUGAUCGAGGAAGGAGCCUCGGUCGUCGUCUCCUCCUCCAACCCGAAGCGCGUCGAGAGCGCCGUCGCUCGUCUCUCCGACUCGCAGCAGCAGUACAAUGCCGAUGCCUCCCGCGUGUCUGGACACGCGCUCAACCUCUCUGGCGACUGCGAGGCUGCGCUCCAAGCAUUCUUUGAGCAAGUGGGCACCUUCGAUCAUCUCGUGUACACGGCCGGCGACAGUCUGGCGACGACGCCCGUCGAGAAGCACACGUACGACACGCUCGUCAAGUCGGGCAGCGUGCGCUUCUUCAGCGCCGUGCUGGCGGUCAAGACGGCGGUGCCGCAUCUGCGCAAGGGCGGAAGCAUCGUGCUGACCACCGGCAGCACGGGCGAGAAGCCGGUGGGACCGGGAUGGGCGGUCGUCUCGGGCUUUGCAGCCGGCCUCGAUGGUCUGACGCGUGGUCUGGCCCUCGAGCUCUCGGCUCAGGGCCUGCGAGUCAACUGCGUCUCUCCUGGCGCGGUCGACACGGAGCUGUGGGACGGCAUGCCCGAGGAGGCCAUGGCGCAUCUCAAGUCCGAGGCAGCCAAGACCCCGACGGGCAAGUUUGGCCAGCCUCACGAGAUCGCACAGGCCUUCCUGUACUUCCUCAAGGACACAAACUGCACCGGCCGCACGCACGUCACGGAGAGCGGCGCGCACCUGGGCAACCGACCUGGCGCAUGAGACCGCGCUCGCUGCAAGACCUGUUGAUUCCCGUGCCAUCUAUACAGUCCGUUGUCGAGUGCGAGGGUGUGUGUCGCUUCCAAAGCACCAGUUGCAGCGACCCGUGACAGGCGAUGCUGCUUUAAG